UCAUUUAUUUAGCGUCACCUGUUGAAGUCGAAAGUUAGAUCGACACGUCCGACACGUUAUGAAUAGAAUUGUUUCCCUUUAUUGUAACCUGCACGACCACCUGUCAUUUGUUUUACUGUUUGACAGCUCUGCGGUCAUUUUCACUCCAAAUCGAUUGACGCGGUAAACGCUGUUUUAUAAUGGCAACGGAAAAGGACUUGAUCAAUGCUGUGAGAGAUUCUUUGGAGGCAGAUGGCAAGCUGGGAAGUAUGAAGGCAGAAAUGCGCACAGAGGUAAUGAAGCUUCUGGAUGGGUCAAGCAAAAAUCAAAAAUCCACUCGUCCGCAUCCUCCACACGAUAUUCUAGUCCUUAAUGAACUAAUUCGUGAAUACCUAGAUUGGAUUGGCUAUAAGUACACGUCGACGGUAUUGAUGGCGGAAUGUGAGCUCCCAAAGCAGCCGAUAGAGCGGACUUUCUUGGCCCAAGAUUUGGGAGUAAAAGAGAAUGACAAGACCAAGAGUUCACCUUUGCUGUUCAGUCUCGUGGAGACCUUUAAGACUCUCAAAAAUACUUGAGAUCUUUUGAAUGUACUUGAGAUAUGGAACAGUGUUAUAUUUUCUUAUUGUGUAUUUAUACUCAUUUUAUAAUAAAAGUGGUAUUUCCUGAUCGCAUUGCAA